AUUCUGCACUCGUGUUUCCUCUCUAGCUUCGCAUAGUUUCGGCUGACGGUGGCGCCGCAGCUAUUUACGGCCGCGUGCUUCUGUGGUGCUUCUUUCACUCUCCGUAGAGACGUAAACAUGGCUCCGGUUGUACCGAAGAAGGCCCCAGGGCAAGCUGCGAAAAAGCAGAACCUGCGUGGCAAGGGCCAAAAGAAGAAGAAGGUGUCUCUAAAGUUUACAAUCGACUGCACUCACCCUGUCGAAGACAACAUCAUGGAUGUUGCCAACUUCGAGAAGUAUCUUCACGAGCGAAUCAAGGUUAAUGGCAAAACUGGAAACUUUGGAAACAAUGUAAAUUUGGAGCGCAACAAGAUGAAACUCUCUGUUAACAGUGAUGUUCCAUUCUCCAAAAGGUACUUGAAAUACUUGACUAAGAAGUACCUUAAGAAGAAUAAAUUGCGUGACUGGCUUCGUGUCGUCUCAAAAGACAAGGAUACCUAUGAACUGAGGUACUUCCAGAUAAACAGCCAAGAAGAUGACGACGAGGAUGAUGCCGAAUAAACGAAAUUGUUUACAUCUAUUUGCGCUUAUUGACGGUCUUUACCAACAUCUGUACAUAAAUAUUGUUCAAAUAAUAAAUGCCGUUAAUAUGCAAGUCGA